AUGGAUGUCGUCCGUAGUCUGUUACGAGCGGUCACACCGUUACCUGACGGUGACACGGCUGAUCGUAUAAAUUAUUGCUUUUCCACCACUCUUUUAGUCAUUCUAUCAGCAUUUAUUUCUGGAUGGAGCUUUGUUGGCUCACCAAUACAAUGUUGGUUUCCAGCAUAUUACCGAGGUUGGUGGAUUGAGUAUGCAUUAGAUUAUUGUUUUAUACAAAAUACUUAUUUCAUACCGUUUACCGAUGUUGUUCCGGAUAAUUACUGGGAUAUUGCGGAACAUGUAAUUCCGGUACCAAAAAAUAUCACUCAGCGUCAGGAUCGUUUAAUUGGUUAUUAUCAAUGGGUACCAUUUAUUCUUGCUUUUCAAGCUUUUUUAUUUUAUUUACCGGUUGUUAUGUGGCGUACAAUUUACGCUACCGUAGGAAUAAAAGUAGGCGUAAUUUGUGAUACAUGUAGCAUUCGAUCAAAUAUGAUCGCUAAAGAUCGAUUAAGAAAUUUGGAAAAAGUUGCAUCAUUUUUGGCAUAUGAACGAGACAUACAUUCAUCAUUGAAUGGUAAAAAGCAUCAUCAUUUAUCAUCUGGUCGUUUUCUUAUCAGUGCAUAUUUGUUGAUGAAAUUGCUAUAUGCUCUAAAUGCAUUGUUACAAUUUUGGAUAAUCAAAAAGCUUUUGGGUGUUGAAAGUAUCUGGUGGGGCGCUCAGGUAUUCGAUGAUUUAAUUCAUGGCCUAGAAUGGCCACAAACUGGUAAUUUCCCGCGUGUUACAUUAUGUGAUUUCGCGGUACGUGUACUUGGUAAUCUUCAUCGACAUACUGUACAGUGUGUUUUAAUGAUUAAUAUGUUUAAUGAAAAGAUAUUUUUAUUUUUAUGGUUUUGGUUACUUAUCAUUUCUACUAUAAGUGUUAUAAGUUUUUUAAAAUGGUUAUUUGCAAGUUUUAUGAAUGGUUCUGGUCGAGAAAUGAUUGGCAUUUAUCUUGAAAAGAUUGAUCCAGCAAUUGCUCAUACAACACGUCUUCGUGCUUUAAUUGAUGAAUUUAUUGUUGAAAAACUUCGUCCAGAUGGUGUAUUCCUGUUACAACUCGUAAAAGAUAAUUCAGGUGAUAUUGUCACCUGUGAAUUGAUCGCGACACUUUGGCGGCGUUUUCUUGCAAAUCGUACAAAUCCGCCACCAUAUACAGAACCAUUAUUAUCUGAUAAAGCAAAAAUUCGCACUCAUGAAAGCGGAUUAUAG